UCGUCGCGUGCACAUCCCUCUCUCUGCGCGCCCGAUCACAGCUGAUCACAUCUCGCGGCGAGGAAUCUCGUGCGUUCACAUGAUUAUACCGCGCCGAAUCGCGCUCGGUAUCAAAAAACGUAUUUAUCGCGUGUGACGCGUCCGUCCGCUUCGUGAAUACGCAAUUGUGACUGUGGUGGCUGGCCUCAUCGUCAUCUCUCUACGAGAAAGCUCUCCUCUCGCGCGCGCAUUCAGCGGAGAGCGAAACGGAAAUUGAAAACGACGCUGCAAUCUCUGGAUCGGGAGAAACUGAACUUCAUUUCGCGCGGAAUUGCGGAGAGAGAGAGAGAGAGAGAGCUCGUCCUCAGAAGGAGAGACGCGCGAGAGUCUCCUCUCUCUAUUUAUCUGUCUAUCUCUCUCUCUCUUCUCGGGAGAGUUCCUCGAUUAUAUUACCCACGGAAUUUCUGGCUCUCGGGAAUUAUCUCCCCGAGAACCCUCCGUCGACGGGGAAACAUCCGGUUUAAUUAUUGAAGAUUUCACUAUUGCGGGUCGCCGGGAGAGAAAAUACUCUCUUUUCGCGCGUCUUUCAUUCUUCUUUUCAAGAAGAAAAUCCCGUUUCGUCCUUCUCCUUUGGGAAGAGCAACUCUGGUUUCGUGCUAUUAAUGAGACGCGACUUGUUUCGCACCGCGCCUGAAUUCGACAGCGCGCCGAUCGAUAAAUUCCCCGAUCUAGGGAUGGACAUCUGGAAGAAGCGACGUUCGUAAAGAUAUUAUAUCCCGUGUGUGGUUGGCGCCUCCUCGCUCAUCGCCUCCCGCGACCGGACGGUAAAAAAUCCGCGGGAAAAAAAUCCGAAGGAGAGAGAGACGUCGUAGUUUUUUUUGUUUUUUUCGACCGCGACCGAGCGCCGGAAAAACGUGGGCGAUCGACGACGAGCACGAUGCGCUGAAGAAGAAAAACAUCGAUCAUCGCCAAGGCCGAAAGUGGAUGCACACGCUCGACGUUCAAUUAAAUCCGUUUCAACAUCGGAAAAAAAGACGAGAGAGAACGGAAGCAGAAAUAGCAACGGUGACGCGAAAUAAGCGAUCGCGAAUCGGACAGAUCGGAGUCGCGCGACUCGAUUGAGUUUGGAGAUAUUGCGAGCGCAGGCGACAAAUUUUGCGAUGUUGACGCGGAGUGUUUUAUUGUUUCAAUAAAAAAAUAUUCAGAUGUAACGUAUAUCUGUGAGAGAAAGAAAGAAAGAAAGAGAGAGAGAGAGAGAGAAAAAAAAAAGGUCCGAAAACGUGGAUUGGAACGUCACCGUGAAGGAAGCGACGUUGUUCGUGGGACGUAUAAAAAAGUGACGUAAUAUAUUCGUAGAAAUUAUUUCGGAGGCGUAACGAAGCAGAAUUGAUGAUAAGAGUGAUAAGAUCGUCUCUCUUUAGGAUAUAACUGGCAACUUCGUGCGGAAAAUUAACGUUGUACGGGACGGCGAGAAAGCACAAAAGCGGAAAUUUCGACGUCCGCGCGGCGGGAGCUCCCGCUAUAUUAAUUGCCCGUCGUAAUUGGGGUUUCUAAGGAUCGCGCUUAAUUAGUUCGACGUUCUAACGUGAACGAUGAAGUGGUGCGUGCUGGUGUUGGUAUUUGCCGGUCUGAGCAGGGGCGAUAAUACCGUCAAUACGAAGAUCUCCAACUGCCCGGAACUCAACUCUCAAGACGAGAUAGAUCUCGACAAGAUAAUGGGCAAAUGGUACGUCGUGGAAAUAUUGGAACACAGAGGGGAUCCGCUGAAGAAGUCGACGGGGACCAAUUCGCAAGUGGUCAACGCGUGUCCGAUCGUGAAUUUGAGAUCAUCACAACGUAACGAAUACACGGCGGAGCUGCAUCAAAUUUUGAGGCUGCUGUGGACCGAAGAGGCUGGGAAUGUAGAGUACACUUUCCAACUAAAAGAUAUCAGAAGAAAGGGCUUCUGGCAAAUUACGGCUAAUCAGAACGGCACCAUGACGCAGAAGAGCGGCUACAAGCAGUUCAGGGGCACCGUUCACGUAAUGAAGGCCGUCGCCUCGGACAUGGUGUUGACUUUCUGCUCCCGUUAUUACGACGACCAGCUCUACUCGCUCCUGCUGUCGCGCCAGCACACCAUGCAGAAGAGCGACAAACGAGGCGUUCACAAUCUGCUCGCUCGUCGGGGUCUCAAACCCGUCAGCAUCAGGGAGACCUGCGUCAACGGCGAGGCCGGAUCCAAAAGAUGUACCCUCGAUCUCGUCUCCUGGACGACCAUAGUCGGUCUUAUCUCGUCGAGUCUUCUCGUCAGGUCCUGGCAGUAGUAAAAUUUAGGACGAUCAAUCCUCCAAGAGAGACACACACAAUCGCCACAGCUGCUCGAGUGUCUCUUCACCACCCUCCCCCCCCUCGCCCCUCUCAUCCCCCGCGUCUUCUCGACUAAUUAGCACGAUUAUUAACACUUUGGAUGCUCCGCGCGUGAGAAACAGUAGUCGCAAACAUCGCCCGGAUGCGGAAAUCCGUCGACUGCACUUGCUGCACACGUCACAUUAAUUAUGUUUCUCGCGAAAAGUCUCGCGCGCAGCGCGCGCUGUACAGUUAGCAAUUUUCUGUAUAAUUUACGGAUUUUCCCUAUUGUUUACGAAUAUUCCGCUUUCCGUUGUAUAUAUAGAUAUAUACUGUCAACGUGUAUAUAUAUAUACACGCGCGAAGAAUAUAUGUUACAAAAACGGAAACGCUCGCAGUUUUUGAACAACGUUUCACGUGCGCGUAUCAAAUUUUUUCUUCUUUUUUUUUCUUUUUUUUUUUUUUGGUUUCUUUCGAGAAACAACCAUCGCAUCCAAGAAGUGACCGUUUUUACGCCGCGACGGACAUUCGAACACAUCGAAGAUUUCUUCUCCACAGUUGUAAUUUUAAUAUUAUCGUCGUUUAUCGUCGAUAAUUCGAUCAACAUCGCGAAUAACGGAAUUGCGAUUUUUUAGAAAAGAAUCCGCAGCGUUCGCCGGUCUGAAGUAAUCACGCGGAAAAGAACGAACAUCCCCCCCGUCGACGGGGAAUUUGUGAACCCCUCCCUCCCUCCUCUUAAGAGGAUCAAAACGCCACCAGAGAAGCAAAAUCGAGCGCUAGGAGGGAAACAUCGAUAUCAUCCGCGACUCUCGCAUCUCCGGGAAUCUUCUUUCCCCGAGAAGCCGGCGCGAUCCCGUUGGCCACUCGAAUAUUUUUCAGCCGACGUCGUUCCCCCCCGUCGUUUGUUCCCAUCCCGAGAAUGAAUUACCCAUUAGGCGAUUUCUCUUCCACCCGGACAUCGGGGACACAUCGCGAGCCGCUCUCUUCGUCGCUCUCCUCCCUU